CAGGGACUGAAAUCCUCAGUUCUCAGAGCAGAUGCAGUUGCAUAAACUUUCCUCUCCCCAUUUUGUUACUCUGCCCUUUCUGCAACUAUCAAGUGUGUCCAGGAAGAUAUUCUAGGGCUGGGAUGCCUUUGGUCUUUGCCAUGCUGCUGAGACAGUGCACAGGACAAGGGGUGGCCUGAUGCCCAGGGUGCUGGCAGUUUCCAAGCUAAGGUCACUCCUCCCCUAUAGCAUUUGCCAGAGCUGUCAGCUUGCUCCAUACAAGCUCCCAAACAACUUCCACAUGGGGAUGGCUGGAAUCUUUCAGUGUUUUAAAGAAACUUUCUACUCAGGCAAUACAGGUCACUCUUCUGCACUUAAUCCCAACCCGCAGCACCAAUCUCUUCCCAUAUAAUCUCCCAGAACAGCUGUGCUGUGAUUGCAUUGUGGAUUACAAAAUGACCGUUUUCCACAAAACAGCUGCUGAUCAGAAGGAUAGCAUUUAAUAAUCACUGGGGAGGCAAAGGAGGAGGGGACCAGACAAAGGAGGAAGGAGUUUUGCAGCUAUUGGGUUUCUUGGAGGAUAUAGAGAUGAGCAAAACAGCAGACAAAGCGUGAGUCCAACUUCUGUGCUGUUCAUCCAAAUUAACAGUACUUCAAAGACUUGCUGCUAAGAUGGAGCUGCUGAAGGGACUGCCACUGCGCCGUACUUUCCUGGCUGUCAUCCUGAACCUGCUGGCUCUCACCCUCUCCACCACUGCCUUGCUGGGCAGCUACUGGUGCACCGGGACCCAGAAAGUACCCAAGCCUUUGUGUGGGAAGACCAAAGCCUCCCAGUGCGUGGGUGUCCCCAUGCCAUCUCAUGCAGAUGCUAGUAAUGUUUCGUCUGAGGACAUAGUGCACUACAGCUGGGAGACUGGAGAUGACCGCUUUGCCUUCAGAUACUUCCACACAGGGAUGUGGCUUUCCUGUGAAGAGAGCAUGGAAGGGCCAGAAGAGAAAUGCCGCAGCUUUAUUGAGCUUUCACCACCAGCAGAGAGAGGAAUCCUGUGGCUGUCACUGGGAUCAGAGAUGCUGUACAUCAGCUUGCUGCUCAUCAGCUUCAUCCUCCUGAUGCUGGAAAUUCUGCAUACUGGCAAUCCUGUCUGUGGGAUGAAGCUCAAUGCUUUUGCUGCUGUCUUCUCGGUGCUGUCAGGUCUCCUUGGGAUGGUGGCACACAUGAUGUACACUCAAGUCUUCCAGGCAACAGUUAAUUUGGGACCAGAGGACUGGAGACCGCACACAUGGGACUAUGGCUGGGCAUUCUACAUGGCCUGGGCCUCCUUCACCUGCUGCAUGGCCUCUGCUGUCACCACUCUCAAUACCUACACCAAGACGAUACUGGAGUUCAAAAGGAACCACAUCAAGGGAUACGAUGGGAGCCUCAAGGAUCACCCUCAGCACCACCAGUGCUUCAUACAGCAAAUAAGCAGCUAUUAUGAGCCCAAAGGCAAGGCCUUCCACUCAGUCUCUGAGGGAGUUGACUUCUACACUGAUCUGCAGCAGAAAAUACUACAGCGGGAACCAGAGCUGGACCUGGAUGAAGUCUUGGCCCAGACAAUCGGGGAGGAUCGCUGUUAGGGAUGAGUGCACAGGGACAGAGCAGUGGGGUUUGGGAGGCACAAGAGCUCUGAACCAAGCACUGGCAAGUUUUGGGGAGCUCUUCCUUUCUCUACAGUUCGGGGAGUGAGGAGGCAGGCACUGGGUCAGGGCAGCUACAGUAGCAGUUUGGGGGUCCUCCCUGGUCAUACAGUGUGAUGGGUGCCCUCAUCUGACAAGGGUGAAACUGGAGGGACAUGCUGGUGCCAGCUGUCUCCAAGCACUUUCAGAGUUGAGGCAGAUGUCCCAAUCCCAGUAUUGCACUUGGGAAUAGAUAGCACCAUCCAGAUGGCAAAUUGCACUGCUGGGUGGUGUCACAUUGACCUUCUAUCAACCGCUCCAGUUCAGUGCUAUGGUGAAGGGCAUCAGUGUUCAUACUGACUGGCUGUCACCCUCUCUGAACACCCUGUUUAUUCUUACUUUCCAAGCCCAAAAUCUUCUUCUCCCUGCCCCCAGAUUAAAAAUCGUGGUGCAGUAGAAAUAGGGGGUAGCUUUCAGACAUCUCUCCUCUCUUUCCUACCUGUAAUGACUCCCACUUAUUCCCUUCUUGCUUUUUGCCCAAAAAUCUCCCAUUCUGAGGUACUUUGCUGUCUGCCUCUUUUUACUGUUUCUUCACAAUCUGUAAGAAUUUGGCUGGACUUUGCUUUUUACAUUACUUCUACUCAUCUGUUCCUUUUUGCCCUUUGUAAAAAUAUUGCAAACAACCCACUAAUCAAAACCCCAAGCAAACUGAUAAUCUCUCAAAGGUGAAACAUUGGUUCAUAUGACACAUGAUGCUGUACACAAUAUUUAUUUUGCUUCACUGCAGUUCAAAUACAUUUUCCCAACAAUA